AUGUUAACAAUGAUGGAAAUGGCUUUAUUACAAAAGGUCCAAGAACAAGAAAUGAUGCUUUCACCAGCAUCAUCAGCUAGUCCUACUUCUGUUUGUUCGCAAGGUGCUGCGUCUUUCGCACAAGAACGAAUAUGGCUCGACGAAAAGUUCCAUCACAACUCACCAAUGUCACCUGCUAUGCAUAAUUUUGUUUUACCUUUGGUGAUUGAGCAUGGCUCAAUGUCAAUCGAGCGAAUUCGUUCGGCCAUUGUUGCUGUUCUUGAACAGCAUGAAAUACUUAGAACAGCAAUUUACUUCGAUGAAAAUCGUAAUAUGUUGGUCCAAGCAGUGCGAUCUAUGGACAACAACGAUGCUUAUUCCUUUGAAAUAACAGCAAACGAUAUACACAGUCCCGAUGAAGUUGCUGAUCUACUUAGGAAUGAAUCGGUCCAGCAUUUUGCUGAAUUGGAACAAGGUUUAGUUGUUCGCUGUCAUUUAGUUAAGGUGGGAUCCGACGAUGACAUGGGCAAACUAUAUCCUCAUGAUCUGGUUAUCUUCAUAUUUCAUGGCGUAGCCUUCGAUUAUAAUUCUAUUGGUUCGUUUCUUGUUGCCUUUACAAAAGCAUACGAUCAGAUGGAAUUGGAUGUUGAAGGGUUACAAUAUAUCAGUUUCAGUCUAUAUGAGCGUCAACAAUUCGUUAAUAUCGCUGAAGACUCUCAAAUACGAAGAGCACAGCAGUUUUGGGCAAAAAUGAUGGACGACUACAGCCUUGAUGCAAACUAUCCGACACCAUUUACGCGCCCAUUCGACACAAAAAAGCGUUCUGGAGAAGGGCAUAGCACAUCGUUCAUACUGAAUUCGACUCUCGUAAAAGCUCAAAUGGAACUUACAUCGUCGUAUGAUUUGUCUAUGUUUCAUACAGCAUUAGCGUGCUUCUUUCUCUUCAUUUAUGAACUCAAUGAUGGUACUAUUAGUGACUUGUGUGUGACCUGUCCUACAGAAAAUCGAUCACUCGUUGAUACAAAAUUCAUGAUUGGUACGUUUGCAAAUUUAUUACCAUAUCGUAUCAAAAUUAAUACAAAUAAAAGUUUUAUCAACUUGGUGCAGCAAAUUUGUCAACUCGACAUGAACAUUCUUAAUCACUGUCAACUACAUUAUCAACAGAUCAUCAGAGGUAAUAGAGAGCUAUGUUCAAGCAAGAUUCCAUUUCAUUUUCAAUAUGACGAGAUUCACCCUUCUUCAACUAGUGGAAUGAAAUCGAUAGCUAAGACAAAUGAUGCGAUAUUAAAUUUGUAUACUGAACAACCUUGGCUACAUGGCAAUGGUAUUGCUUCUCAUGAUAUGAAUUUGAAAAUGAUUCAUAAUCAGUCCAGCCAAACGACUUAUUGUAUUUUUGAAUGUAGCGCUGAUUGUUAUAAUGAAGUGACGGUGUCCAACAUUGGUCGAUAUUUUCAGAAUCUACUUUUACAUAUCUUCACUGAAAAUACAGAAACCAUUGGAUUCGAUCCACUUUUCGAAAAAAUUGGAAAUCUUUCUCUUUUACCAAUGAACGUUGAAACUUUAUCAAACGUUAUCGAAUCACUACGACGUUUCUCUGAAAUAAGUAAGUGCUUCGAAGAAAACUCGUUUUUAAUUCUUCUUUACAUUUCUGCAUGA